UUUCCGGUUCCUAUUUCGUUAUUCAUCAAACAUGGAGUAUAAACAGGUCACAGCCUUCAUUCAGUGACUACAAACUUAAUGCCUGGCUCAUAUUUCUCCUACGUGCAUGUAUUUUAAAAGAGGUAAACCAUCGCCUGUUACUAAUCUAACAAACUGACACAACUACUUCUGCUUAGGAUGAAAAUUUUAGUGAAUUUUGUGAAGAAGAUUUUCAACAUUGUCUUUCUGAUCCUGUCUCCAGUUCGUCGACUAAUAUGCCGGCGCCGACGACACUCCGAUACUCCCAUUUUACCCUUGAAUGCUGUUUACAGUGCUCCUCCCACAGUCUCCACAUCAUCUUUACCUCCCGAAGGUGAACUCCAGCCUUGGGAAUCAUGGGAAAUGGAAGACUCUGAAUAUAAGUCCAGCAGAAACCGCAACAAAAGCGAGAAUGGUGAGCAAGAGCCUGAUAUCGACUUCUUCCAAGACAUGACACCAAAAAUCAAGAAAACAGCUAAAAUCCUGGUCAAGAAAGACAACAAUGAGAAACUUGAAAAUCCAGCAAACCGUUUAGCAAUGACAUCAGAAUUCCCUGUCACACAAGACACUGAGCUCGGCAUUUGGGAAGAGAACGGCAAAUGCUGGGAGGAGGCCAGUGAAGACCUGUCCUGGCAAGUGGACGCCACAAUCAAGGAGAAGAAACGAGCUGAGCGCGAAGCUCGCCAGCUGGAGCAGCUCCGCAAGAAACAGGAAAAGGAACUGGUCCGGGGCCUCAAGAAAGACAGCCCUUUUGCUGCCGUGCGCCUGUCGUGAUCUUCCGCCACCACUGCUGCUGUCAUUAGCCAUCACCAUCACCAUCCAUCCAGCAUCGUCAUCAUCACCAGUGCCAUCGUCAUCACCCAUUUUUAAUCAUCUGCAUCACUGUUGCUGUUAUUGUGUUCGUCUUCUCUUUUCUUGUUGUUGCUGUUCUUGUUGUUGCUGGUACUGCAUGUCCAUAUCUCUUCCUCUCCUACCCGCCCAUCCACCCACGUCACCUUGGCGAUAUGGGUAGCUGGGUGGGGUGUGUGGGGUGGUAUGUGGGAGUUGCUAGUAGAAUUCCGACCUCUUCCCCUUUGACCCCCCA